AUGGAAGUUCCAGUUUCAAGUAAGGAGCGGGAAAUUGAGGAGUUUAGCACUGAAUCAUUAAUCGUGUUGAGCAAGGCCAGUAGGGUAUUUAAUAUGGGUCUACAAUUGGGAAGGAAUAUUAUGAUUACCAGUCUUUUUGUUUCUUCUGUUCCAUUAGUUCUACCUCCACUUCUCAUGGUAUCUGCACUUGGUUUUGCUUUCUCAGUACCCAUUGGGGUACUCUUUGCAAGCUACACUUGUACUGAAAAGAUCAUGAGCAAGCUGCUUCCAGUACCUGGGCUUCUUCCUGAUUCUGUAGAUUCCGUAAUCGAAGCAGAAGAAAGAUACCAGUGUGAGGACAGUAUUCAAUUGCUUGAUCUAGAGCAUGUGGCAGAAAUUGAAGAGGAAGAAGAAAAAGAAGAAGAGACUUCUGCAAUAGAUGACGAUAUUUGGAUAAGUGAAGAGGGAGAUAUGAGUGAGUACUUGGAAGUAAAUGAUGAGGUUACAAUUGAUGGAGUUCCAGAAGAGGAAGAGAUGCCUGUUGACCAAGUAUGCCAACUUGUUGUUGAUAUUGAGAGAGAUGAGAAAUAUGGUACUACUGUAAUUGUGGUGGAGGAAACAAUUGCUACAUUUGGUGGCCAAGUUUCUCUUGAGGAGGAGGGGGAUAUGAAUAUUAAAGAAGAUGAUUUCAGUAGAGAGACCACCAACCUACUUGAAAGAUUCAGAGAUGAAGACAAUAAUACUGAGAAACCCGUGACAGAGAUGAAAGGAGCUGAAAGAAGGGUGGGUGAGAUUCAUGAGAAGGAAAAUGAGAGUAAUAAGGAACUGAAUGUUGCAGAGCUUAGUUAUUUAUCAAAUGGAAAUACACCUGAGACAGUUGGAUAUGGCUCUGUAGAUGUUACUGAUAAAGAUAGUGUCAAGAAUGUCGACAAUGGCACUCCAGAAGCUAGUGCAGGUGGUUUGCAGACUUCUGGGGCAGAUGAGAAACCUGAAACUAAACUUGAUAGGAUUGAUACUCAAGUAUCCAGUAAGGAUGCAACAACAGAAGAACAGCAACAAGAAGAAGAAAAAAUAUGGAAGCAAAUGAAUGCAUUGCGAGAAAUUAUCGGGUACAAAGGCGGCGGUGAGACUUAUGGAUCUUGUGUUGAUGAACUGAAAGCUCUUUUCGUUUUAACUGGAGUGGAACCACCUGCUUCUUUUAAUGAACAAGCCCCCCUUGCUCUUGCUGAUGUCAAUGAUAGCCUUCAGUUCCUUAAAUCUGUAGUGGGAGUAAAGUAAGACUCGGUUAUUGCUAUGUUGUUUUUGUUAUUAUAAUUCGGAAUACUUUGCAACUUGGGUGAAGAUUUUAGUAUUGAUGUUCUUAAGAUACUGUUUCUAUGUUUUUGAUUAAUGUAUGCUUAUCAAAUUGGGUAGAUUGAAUGAAUGUUUAUUGUUUGUGAAAUGCAGCAUAAUACUUUGUUUGUGUGUU